GUGUGUGUGUGUGUGUGUCAAAAUGCACAGUUUUCUUAUUUUAUUUCCAGUCUCGGCAGCUGAGGCUCAUCGCGGUGGGUCUGGUUGCUCGUGGUGUCAGGUCAGAUCUCUGCAAAUUGAGAAAGUUUCUUCUGUUGCAUAAUUAACUUUCCUGUCUUAAUGAAACUAAAUCAAACAACAAAGUGGACGUGUCACAACAGUUCUAAAAAAUGUAUCACCCAUGUUGAUUUUUAUGCUUGUUUUUGUUACUUUGUUUUUGAAUUCUGCAAACAUCUGAUUUUUUUAAUGUGUUUUUUUAUGUAUGCCAAAAAGGAGGCAGCACGGCCUUCUCCGACCCGUUCAGUGUAUUUAGUAUAUAACACACACACAGAGCUUCGACAGCACAUGUUGCACUUAGUGACAAUCAUCCAGUAGCAUCUUGAUUCUGGCCCAGCAGCGAUCGCUGUCCAAAGGGUUGGAGUAACUGUAAUCAUAUACUGAGAAAGGUCUUCCAAUUUAAUCUCUAUUUAUUUUGAAGCCUCUUUUUUAGAUAAAAAAUAAUGUGUACAAAGAAAAAAAACAUUUUUAGCUGCAUGAAAGAACUUCAGAAGGAAUGUCUCAGGUGUUGCAUUUAGCAGGUAUUUGCAGCUUUGCGUUAAUUGCCUCUGAGAGUUCCUGCCUCAUCUCCGUAUGUUCUUCAUUUCUCGGCUGCAAAAGCCAGAGACACAACAAGGACGUUUACUAAUAGCACGUUGUGCUAUUAGUUUACAACAGAUUAUCAUUUUAAAUGUUCUUUUUUUACAAAAUGUUCAGGCUGAAACUUGAAUGUAUUUUUUGUUGCGAUGCUAGAGUUUGGUUUGAGUAGACUCUGAGUCUGGAGCCGUUUCUGGGUUAUCCUCAGAUCAUGACGGGAGGCUGAUUGUGACAGAAUGUAGGAGGACAUCAAUCAGAGGAGCCAUCGACUGGAAGGAGGUUCAACAUGAUCACGGAGAUGCUGGUCUUUUUCUGACCGUUUCAAAAGUAAAAGCAAAGAGUCACAGUUGASCCCCAUGAAGCCGAUCAGCGAAGCAACAUCGGAAAAUAAACUGCAGAGACAAAUUAAGUGAAAACAUCUCAGGUCUGUUUCCUGUUAAAAUAAAAGCACUUUCUAUUAGUUUAAAUAGCAUAUUUCAAUAAAUUCCAAAUGUAAUUAGCAUACUAAACUGAUUUUCCUAAAUUAAUCCAGUCUUGUAGUCUGUGUAAGUUUAUAAUUUAUUUUAUUCCUAAAUUGUUAUUACUGUUCUUUAACCUUUUACAACACAUGGAGCUAAAACGCCACUUUUCACUUUUUCAGGGUUUUUUUUUUAUCCACUCCAGUCAAAAGAGGAAUAUUUAAUUUUAGAGAUUUAAAAUAAACUCUAAGUCAGUUCUUUCUAAAUCUUGGUAGUAUCCAGCUAGUAAAAAACUUCACACUGCCAAAAACAUGGUUUUCAUAAGAAAAUACCAUGAAGGGGUCAGAGGUCUUACUUUUGAUCUUCAGUCACAAUCUGAAAUUCAGGAACUUCACAGAUAUUCAGUCUUGCCACAUAAAACAAGAAAAGCUUUAGAAAUAUGUCUUUGACAUAAACAAAUUAACUACCAACAUCUCGUGUAUGAAUUAUAUGAACAUAUACAUGAGUAUGAAUCUAUAUUAAUGACUCCUGGAACAUCUUGGGAUGACAGUUAAAUGUCCAAAACUUAAGCCUGGUUCCCCAUCAUGUUAACCACGUUCUGUCAAAGUUGGAGAAUCUUCAUAGGUGCAGACAGAGAAUCAGCAUAAUGUACCAUGAGAUUUUGUAAUGUUAUUGUUUGGUCAUUGUUGUGACAUUUAAGUAGCACUUGCUCAAAUAUGUCAAAAGAAUGUUAGAAUAGCCUGACUGAGCUGGAGAUCAUAAAGUGUAUGCUACAGUAUCUGUGUCAUUUAAAUGUGAUGCAUCAGGGAGGUUAAAACAUAGCAACUGGUCAGAGAUGUAGAUGAAAUGUGAGAGAGCAGGAUCUGUACCCUGGCCAUUAAUAGAACCAAAAUGAAAUAUUUUUCCUUUUAGAACCAUCAACAAAUCGAUGAAGGACUACGAAUGACACCAGGGUGAUGACAAUUAUGGUCUUUCUCAAACUGUAUCCAUGGACCACUUCGCUGUUCUUUAUGUGGAACCUGAUCAAAACUGCAGACGCUCGUUACUGCUGGUGUUUUUAUCUCCACAAAAAUAGAUUCUUUACUUUUUUCAAAGCUGAUGUUGAUAAAACCACAACUUCACAGUUACUAUGUUUCCAUCAAAUAAGAAAUGCAAUUAAAAUCACACGUAGUCUGUCCAUGCAAUGUCUUUAAAAAACAUACAGCAUCAUGAUCCUCCUGCUACUUCCUGUCGUCUUCUUUGGAAUUUGCGCCAGUGGCAACAUCACUGUUGUGGUUUGUGUGACUCAUUCGAUGCAAAAAAAAGUGUUUCCAUUGCAGUAAACCGAUUUGGAUAUGGCCAAAAAAUCCACCUCAUCCUAGCGCAAAACAUUUUUUUCAAGAAUUUUUUUAAAAUAGGCAUGUUUCCAUUAAGCUGAUUUAUUUUAGAAAUGUCAAAUUUCCCAAUUAUAUGGUCAAUGAAAAUUAAUGAGUUAUAGUUUACUACCUGAGAUGCCAUAUAACUGUGAUUUUGUUAAAAUGUGAACCGAUUGUCAGAGAGGCGUAAGACUAUGAGCUAGUUAGGUUUUUUAAGGUUUUUUCUUAUUUUAGCCGUUUUCCCUGACUAAAUAAUGGAGACAUGUUUGUUGGAUGGAAAGAGGAACAUUCAUUUAUCCCAGGAGAAGAAAAAGAAAAAGAGAGCCUGUAUUUCUUAUUUAUUGUCUGAACAUAUCAAAUGUUCAGACUGCAUAUAAACUGCAUAUAAAUUACAGUUCCACCAUUUCAAGCCAAAAUAUAUGUUAGUAUGUAUUUUAAAAUGAAGCGUGUGAAUGUGUGCAGUUUAUGACUUUUUUUGUCCACUUUUGCAAACAUGCAGCUAUCAAAGAGAAAUGGCUACUUUUUAAAAAAAAGCUUCCAUAUUUUCAUAUGCAGAGAUGACUGGGGGAAGGAAGUAGGGCCAGCAAAUUAUUUUUUUUUGUGACGAUCUUCAUUUGAUUUUUAAAUUGUGCUUUUUAUUCAGAUGCUAAGAAAACAACAUUCUUUCCUCUGCAAUAACUUAAAAGAAAAGGCUAUCCAUUGUUCACUUGUGAUUUUCAUCUAACAGUAAUUUAACAGUCGGACAGCUUUGUCUUUCUGUCUAGUCUGGAUGUUUCUACUCUUGCUUAUGUUAUAAUUAUAAAUAUAUUCACAUCCAACUUUUAAAUAAAACAGAACAUCAUUAUUUGGAUACUGAAAAACACAGACUUGCUUCCUGAUUUCAAAAUAAGUGGUGUUUAUAGCCAUUAAACACAUUUGUGGUUAAUGUGACAAAAUGUUAAAAAUCUCACGGAAAAAUGGCAAUGCACUUUACUGAAGGGGUAGCUUUUAUUUUCCACAUCAGAUUGGCUACAGUUUCAAAAGUAAGUAGAAAUCCAAGCCAAUAAAAUGAAAUUCCUUCAACUGUCACUGAACGGAUGUUUUUAUUUAAAAUGAAUGUGGACGGCAACGAACAGGAGGACUUCUGCCAGGCUGAGAGGGAGGAGAUAUCUGCCUUGCACUCAACCAUAACUUUAAUCGUACCCUGGUGAUGUGUUCAGAGGAUUCAGCAACAUGAAAAAGUUUGAACUUUGCAAGACAGCUGAAUAUCGCGUCAUGAAGGACACUGCUGAAGUGGACCCGGAGUUCUGUAGAUGGCCCACGGCUCCAGACGGCUACAUCCCCAACUCCAUUAUCAGAAGCUGGAGGAAGAAACGAAAACGUGUCAGCGGGGAAGACUUCUGGGAGGAAUUCUUUUUUGGCCAUCUGUAUGAUAUUGAUAAAGGUGAACUGAGCGAGGAAGAGGAGAUAACUGCUGACAAGGUCUUCUACUCUUAUUUCAAUAUUGAUGAUAUCGAUAUUCCUGCUGAGAUGGAAAGGAAGAAGUCAGUAAGAGCCAGGAAGACAAGCAGACGUAAAUCAAGCAGAAUGGGAGGAAAAAAAGUCAUUGGAAGAAAGGGUUCAGCUAAACCAAAAAUAAGCCAGAAGAGAAAGGAGAGCGUGAAUGGGCUAGGAAGUUUGGCUUUCCGGCAGUUGCCUGAUAUGCAGCCGAAAAGGAGUCUGACAACUUCUGGAAGAAGUCUUGUGUCUCAGAGGUUAGGUCGAAGAAGAAGUGACAGACGUUUCAAAGCAGGAAUUGAAGAGGUCAGACCUCCUACGUCACAGGAAGAUCUGCAGGACAGAACAAGGCUUGGUGAAGGUGUCCAGCUAGGGGUUGGUGAAGGUGUCCAGCUAGGGGUUGGUGAAGGUGUCCAGCUAGGGGUUGGUGAAGGUGUCCAGCUAGGGGUUGGUGAAGACGCCCAACAUCCACUUCAAUCUGACUCCAUGUUCGAUUCAGCAAGCCAACAAUUCGACACAGUACCUGAAGAGGGCCAGCAGUCUUCAGUUGACUAUGCAGAUGCUGACAUCUCACAGCAAGCUUUAGAUGAUCAAACACAGAUCAGCACCACUGAAACUCCUUCACCGAAGGUUUCUCCUCCAACUCCAGAGGAUAACAAAUUCAAACGGAAGGUUACCUUCCAAUCGCCUCAAGAUCAAGAUCUUCUCCUGUCCACUGAUAAUUAUGAGGAGUACAGAUCCAAGAUGUCUCUUGGUAGAGAGGUUAUGUCACUCUUUAAAAAGCAAAAAGAAACAUUCUCUCCUCAAAUGAAAAGAGCUAAGUUAAGUUCUGGAAGAAGAAGCUUAAGUUAUGGAAGGAGAAAAUUUAGUUCUGUAAGGGGAAGCCUUGUUAGAGGAAGAAGGACUAGUUUUAAAAAGAGAAAGUCUAGCACUGGAAAGGGACAGAUAAGUCUUCCAAAGGCACCUCAUUUUCCACUUGCUCAUUUCUCUGCAGGAUUAAAUAAACAGAAUAUCAGAGGCAAACCUCGAGUUUCAUUGUCCACCACUUUCCGAAAGCAGCUGAAAGUCCAACCUGAACGUCUUUCAGGCAGUGCUGAUAACAGGCUUUCUCCUUCUCUAUCCCUCGGCCCUAUCAGCGACACUAGGCCCAUUCCUGAGUGGAGGAAGAACCUGUACAAACUGAUUGCUCGCAAGGGUUUCCGUUCUUCACGGGCACAAAGGCGGUUUUCUGUAGAGUAUCCAGAGGAGUCUUCCGCUGCAUCUAUGCUCUCAGCAAAAAUCCCCAUGCUCCAACUAGGACAAGCUGAAGAAUCCCAACAGGAGAAGCAGGAGAUUGAACUGAAAAAGAGCACAGAGCCAACUCGCCAACAACCCACCGAAGGGCAGUUUGCAGCAGAGCAUCAACAGGAGUCUGCUGGUGCAUCUCAGCCUUCAGUAACCACCCCUGAGCUCCAACAGGGUAAAGAGCUACACCAUAUACAGGAGCUACACAAUACACAGAAGCCCCCCCAUAUACAGGUGCUGCCCCAUAUGCAGGAGUUCCCCCAUACACAGGAGUUGCCCCAUAUUCAGGAGCUGCCCCAUAUACAGGAGCUCCCCCAUAUGCAGGAGCUCCCCCAUAUACAGGAGCACCCCCAUAUACAGGAGUUCCCCCAUAUACAGGAGCACCCCCAUAUACAGAAGUUCCCCCAUAUACAGGAGCCCCCCUAUUUACAGGAGCACCCCCAUAUACAGAAUAUCCCCCAUACACAGGAGUCCCGGGAAUCGUCCCAUACACAGGAGCCCCUCCAUACACAGGAGCCCCUCCAUUCACAGGAGCCCCCCCAUACACAGGAGUCCCGGGAAUCCUCCCAUACACAGGAACCCCCCCAUACACAGGAGCUCCCAAAACUACAGAAGUCUCUUCGUUACAAUUCACCGAAGGGCAAUAUGCUGCAAAGUAUCCACAGAAGCCUCCCUGUGCAUCCCGACCUACAAUAA